AUGCACCGCAAGGAGGACGCCCUCGCGUUCGCGGGCUUCGAGGGCUGCGCGAGCUCGCGCGAGUUCUGGUGGCACCUCGCCGCCGACAACGAGCGCCUCUGGGACCGCUUCCCCGCCGUCACGGGCUGGGACUGGACGCCGGGCGACGACUGCGAGAUGCGCCCGCUCGACGGCGCCGCCAUCGUCGCGGACAUGGUCGAGAACGGCGGCUGGCUGCUCAUUGGAGACUCCGUGACAGAAAACCACUUCUUCUCGCUCUCCUGCGUGCUCUACCCGCACGUCCGCGCCACGCCCAACUACACCGAGAACCCCUACUUCGACCGCGCCUGGCCACAGCACCUCUACCUCUCGCCCUCGUCCCCGCUCCUCCCCCACCUCCGCCUGCCCUCGGGCUUCUCCGUCGAGGACACGCCCCUCGUCACCUUCCGCCGCGUGGACCUCCUCCUCGACCGCGCCGAGCUCGAGGGGCUGCACGCCGCGCGCGCGGGGCCGGACGCGCCGCCGCUGUUCAGCGCGGAGCAGUUCUGGAGCCUGAGCCCCGAGUACUACGUGCGGGACCUGUUCCUGAACGGCCACUACGGGACGCUCGUCGCGAGCACGGGCGGGCACUGGACGACGACGCUGAUGAGCGCGUUCCGCGACGAGGGCGCGCGCGCCCAGGGCAUCGACGGCGUGCUCGGCUUCUUCGACGCGGCGAUGCGGCGCUGGGCGGAGGACGUGCAGGGGAUCCUGGACGAUUAUGAGAAGAGGGGGAAGCGGUGGGGCUUUGGGUGGCGGAGGGAGCGGAAGCAGGUCGUCGUGCGGGCGUACCUGCCCGGCCAUGAGGACUGCCAUAACGAGCGGGCGCCCUGGAGGGAGUGGCGGCCGUUCGUGUGGAACUGGUAUAACUGGGGGAACAUCUGGGAGUUCAACAAGGUGUUCGGGAACAUCCUCGACGCGGGCAAGUACCCCGACGUACAUUAUCUGCCGAUCGACCGGCCGGCGCUGCUGAGACCCGACGCGCACUCGGCGGGUGACUGCCUGCACAUCAUGACCGGCGCGGGCGUCCUCGAGGGCUGGACGCACUACAUCUGGCACUUUGUCAACCGCGAGAUCCCCGGGAAGGUGCGGUGA